UUCCUCUUGGUGUGUAGAUUCCCUGGCGCGUCGCUCCUCAGUCUCACUCCCCGACAAGCGCACGCGCUCCACUCCCCGACCAACCAAAGCCAAGCCGCACACGGCCACGGCCAUGGACGCGAGCGCGCUGCCGCUCCUCCUGGCCGCCGCCGUCGUGCUCGCCGCGGCGCUGAGAUGGCUCCACGCCGGCCGGCUGAAGCAGGGGUCGGCGCGGCUGCCGCCGGGCAGCACGGGUCUGCCGCUGAUCGGGGAGACGCUGCGGCUCGUCUCCGCGUACAAGACGCCCAACCCGGAGCCCUUCAUCGACGAGCGCGUCUCCCGCCACGGCGGCGUCUUCACCACCCACGUCUUCGGCGAGCGCACCGUCUUCUCCGCCGACCCGGCCUUCAACCGCCGCCUCCUCGCCGCCGAGGGCCGCGACGUCGACUGCAGCUACCCGUCCUCCAUCGCCACGCUGCUGGGCCCGCACUCCCUGCUCCUCACCCGGGGCCCCGCGCACAAGCGCCUCCACUCCCUCACCCUCAACCGCCUCGGCCGCCCCGCCUCGCCGCCGCUCCUCGCGCACAUCGACCGCCUCGUCCUCGCCACCAUGCGCCGGUGGGAGCCUGCCGCCACUGUCCUCCUCCUGGAUGAGGCCAAGAGGAUCACCUUCGACCUCACCGUCAAGCAGCUCGUCAGCAUCGAGCCCGGGUCCUGGUCCGAGAGCCUCCGCCGCGAGUACGUCAAGCUCAUCGGCGGAUUCUUCUCCAUCCCCUUCCCCUUCGCUUACCUCCUUCCUUUCACCACCUACGGCCAGGCCCUCAAGGCGAGGAAGAAAGUGGCCGGGGCGCUGCGGGAGGUGAUAAGGAAGAAGAUGGACGAGAAGGUGGAAAAUGGUGGUGCGAAUGGAGAGGAUGAGGAGAAGAGGGAGAAGAAAGACAUGGUGGAGGAGCUUCUUGAAGCAGAGGGUGGGAGCUUCUCCGUGGAGGAAAUGGUGGACUUCUGCCUGUCUCUGCUGGUGGCUGGGUACGAGACGACGUCAGUGCUCAUGACGCUUGCUGUGAAGUUCCUCACUGAGACACCCACUGCGCUGGCGCAGCUCAAGGAAGAGCAUGACAAAAUCAGAGACAUAAAAGGCAAAAACCAACCACUGGAAUGGAGCGAUUACAAGUCAAUGCCAUUUACGCAGUGUGUGAUAAAUGAGACACUACGUAUGGCUAACUUAAUUAGUGGGGUAUUCAGGCGAGCAAACACGGAUAUUCAUUUUAAAGACUACAUUAUUCCAAAGGGCUGCAAAAUAUUUGCUUCAUUCCGAGCUGUGCACCUUAACAAUGAACACUAUGAGAACGCUCGAACCUUUGACCCUUGGAGAUGGCAGAGCAAGAAUAAACUUCAGAACACGGUUGGUGCCAAUUUGUUUACUCCCUUUGGUGGUGGACCUCGGCUGUGCCCAGGCUAUGAGCUUGCUCGGGUUGUUGUUUCUAUUUUCCUCCACCAUCUUGUAACGCGCUUUAGCUGGGAAGAAGCUGAGGAAGAUAGGCUUGUCUUCUUUCCUACCACUCGAACUCUCAAAGGAUACCCCAUCAAUCUCUGGCGGCGACCAGAGUCUAGUGGCUGACCUCAUAUCAGUUUCCAGCUACUCUUAUCUUCAAAGCAAGAUUAAGCAUAGGUAAAGGAAGAGAAAAGCAUGUCGCCCGUAGUUAGUAUUUUUUUUCUCCGUCUUCGUCUAUUUCCUUUAUCUGUAACUCGGUACGCUGCAGCAGUCAGCAAUCUCGUGUGUUGCUUGUAAAAUGUUCCAAACUGCUAUGCCCACUGGUUACAGAAAACAUUUUGUCGUGUUUCUGGCUAUCCUAAGAUUUAGCAGUUUA